GCGACGACGUGUGCGUAUUCUAUUCUACGUUGAUAUCACGGAGCUCGCGAGACUCGCGUGUUCCGCGCGCGGCGUGACUUGUCGAGCGUGUGCCCACCUGUUCGCGUCGACGGACGUGAUCGCGAAGGGUGGUCCCUCGUGCGUUCAUGCAAGUGUGCUCCCCUGCUUCGCGUUAUUCCCCUCGAACAAGUGCUCUCGACGGAAUCUCUUCGAGAUCAGAGAUCCGCGCGCGUGGCGGCGAGGAUUACCCGAGAAUUCCCCAAGUACUCAUUGACUUGUGUCGCAAUACAGUCUUUGCUGGAAAGAAUGACUGUCCGAGUGUUUCGAUCGACUCGUGAUAGAUAGAAGGAUUUCCGUGGGAUACGCCAAGUACUCACUGACUUGUGCUGUGAUACCCGUCUGAUCAUACGGAUCAUCGGAAAACGGAGUCUAAAGGAGAGCACGACUGUUCGAGUGUUCCGGUAAUUCAAUUUGCUUCGUAUUAACUCCCUUUCGAUCGAUGAAAGGAUUAUUGAAGGAUUGGUAAAGUACCUAUUGACUCGUGUCACGGUAUCAUCUUGUUUGCGGGAAUCAUCCUCCCGCGAAGGACAUCGAAGAUGCUCCAAUAAUCCCGGUGGUAAUCGAGUAACGUAUCGAUUGAUCCGCAAGAUAAUCAUCGUGGAGGAUUUGGAGCAGCUGGAAUUCCCAUCUAAACGUAAUCACAUGAUGAUUUGUAACAUGCCGCUGUACCGUUGAUACGUCGUCCAAGUGAGAGCCGUAUACAUUUGCAGAGAAAUUCGGGAAGCGGCGGUACUCGGGAAAGGCUCGUUGAUUACCAAGUGAAAAACAGCUUUGGAUUAUGACAAUUGGAUGACGAUCAACCUGCGACGACGUCGUAAAAUCGACGCGCGGCUUCUUACCCUUCACGGAUCACAAGUGAUAUUGUGAGACAGAAAUGAUCGCCAUCGUGAGAACUCCGUGAGAAACGCGCUCCUUAAUACGACGUACCGUAUUCCUUUAUUCAAAGCGUCACCAAUUCGUCAUGACGCGACUGGAUCGCGCAUGAACGAUCACGUGCCACUUUAGAGAUCAGAUUUCGCCGACGAUUCAAAACAAGCCAGUGAUUCGAGCGACGUACCUGAUGUCGGACAGUGUUUGACAUAGGUGUAUUCAGGAUAGUUAUAAAAAAAAAAGAAAUACGGCACGCGAAGUUUGUACGGACGAUCGCCGUCAACGUUGCAGAAAAAUACGGUUUCGUUUUCCGUUCUACAAUUGGAUUGUGUCGCAACGGGGACUUCUAGCAGAUACUUCAAUAUUCAUCUGGCGUUCUAAAGUAUACGAAACGAACGAUCGCAUCGCUCUCUACCAAGUGCUGCUCGAACGAGUCGCGAUUUCAACAGGACCAGUCUUUCGGCCACGCGCUUUCGUGUUGUCGGUGUGCUUAAUCCACGUGAUGAGUGUGUGCUACUCGCGCUAAGAUUUCGAGCCGCCUCGAACGUAGUUCGUGAACCAUUACGAGAGCGUCUUGUGUCAUUCGCGAUACGUACGGCCGAGACUUUCGGAGUAACCUGUUCACGCACGUACGGUAGAGUUUGAGGGGUGACACCUUCAAACCGCAAGCGUACAAUAAUCCUGUCUUCCUCAAGGAUAAACGAGACUGAGCGAAGGCACCGACAACCGGUCGCCAAAAGAAUUCCCAUGAAAAUGUUACAGUCACUGAACGCUCUGGCGGGUAAAAUCUCGCCAGGCUCUCCCACUGACAGCAACGCCAACAAGGUACACAUGCAUAACAACAACAAUAAUAACAACAACGUAGUGCAUCACCAUCCCUACUCCAAGCAGGCCCAGCCGUCCCCAUCGCACUCGGCCAACGGCGACCAGAAAGAAAACACCAUAAUGAACAACAACAGUGUGGAGCAGCCGGAUCCGGACAACAUAAAGAUGUUCGUGGGGCAGGUACCUCACGACAUGGACGAGAAUGACCUAAGGACGAUGUUUGAAGAAUACGGUCGAGUGCAUCAGAUAAAUAUUCUGCGGGAUAAAAUCACCGGCAGCCAUAGAGGAUGUUGCUUUGUCACCUUUUACACUAGAAAAGCGGCGUUGGCAGCGCAGAACGCUCUUCAUAACGUCAAGACCUUUAGUGGGAUGCGCCAUCCGAUCCAGAUGAAACCGGCCGACAGCGAGAAUCGGAACGAGCGUAAACUGUUUGUCGGCAUGCUGUCAAAAAAGUUCACGGAGAACGACGUUAGAAACAUGUUCAGCGCUUACGGGAUGAUCGAGGAAUGCUCGGUGCUGAGGGACAGCACCGGGAAGAGUAAAGCCUGUGCCUUUGUUACCUUCGCUAGUAAACAGUACGCGAUCAACGCCAUCAAAGCUCUGCAUCAUUCCCAGACAAUGGAGGGCUGUUCGUCGCCGUUAGUCGUAAAAUUUGCCGACACGCAAAAGGAAAAGGAUCAGAAGAGGAUGCAACAACUCCAGUCGAAUCUCUGGAACAUUGCGGGAGUCAACAUCACGCCGCAUUACCUGACCAAUGACGCGCAUACCCUGGCACCUGCGUCGCUGCAGCUGUUGCAGCAGUUGCAAGCGACAACGAGUGCCGCGACUCCAGUUGCCGCGAAUACAGGGGCCACGAAUGCAUUGUCGAAUGUGCAACAUCAGUUACUGUUACAACAACACCUUGGCCUUGGAGCGGCGACACCUGCGCAUGCAGCGCCUCCCGCAGUGCCCAGUCCGGCGGAGAUCAACCCUGCGAAUCUACAAAGUCUAGCCACCCUCGCGUCUCUGAGCAAUACCGCCGGUGAGUAUGCGAACGCGGGCGUGUCGCCGAUGAGUAUGCAGAAUCUCGUCACCCUGGCAGCUAUGACGGGCGGAAAUGGCAACCUCCAGGUGUCGCCAAACACGUUAAGCGGCCUGGCGAAUUCAACAGCAGGUAUGUCGCUAUCUGCCCUUCUGGGGAAAACAGGAAAUACAGGGUCUACCGGGGGCAGUCUUAGUCCUGUGACAUCCCUCACGCUCAAUUCUUUGACGGGGACACCGCUGAACGGGCUUCAGGACUCGCUGAGCAAUGCCUAUUCCAGUUUGCAACAAUACGCAGGGUUCCCCGCGUUUACGGCGGCUGCGGCUGCCGCGGCAGCAGCGGCGCAAAAGACAAAGUUCACCAGCACGGACAAGCAGAUCGAGGGUCCCGAAGGUUGCAACCUCUUCAUCUACCAUCUACCGCAAGAAUUCAGUGACACGGACCUCAUCUCUACCUUUUUACCCUUCGGCAAUGUCAUAUCCGCCAAAGUUUUUAUAGAUAAGCACACGCACAUGAGCAAAUGCUUCGGUUUCGUAUCGUAUGACAAUGCGUCGAGCGCGCAAGCGGCGAUCCAAACGAUGCACGGUUUCCAGAUCGGCAUGAAACGACUGAAGGUCCAGUUGAAACGAUCCAAGGACGCCUCCAAGCCGUACUAGCCGAUGUCACAGAGCGUUCGUAGGUAGAUACCAAGGACUUCUCGGACACCUCGGACAUCUUAAUCGGGACAACGCUCGUGCGUUUAAUUAAUGACCGCGAUGGUUGAAUAUUAUUCCGUAACGGAAUCGCAUCUAACGAUAGGUCUAGGUAGACAAACCAAAGUAUUAGGUGGCGGUAUUCCACGAUGUUCUCUAGUCAAGCGAUAUUUUCCACGAAGGUAGCGAGCUGACGGGUUUACGAUCAAGCGUCUUUGGACGCCGAAGAAGAGACGUCGCCGCUCGGCACCUUCGCCGUCCUAUCGAAACGAGGCUGUGAUAAUCUAGAAGACUCUCUUGUUCGUCGGACUGACUUUUCUUCCGAGGUGCAGGAACGUAAUUUAUCCUUUUAAUAUGUCGCUUGUGCGAAUUGUCCCGCCGAAUUGUCUUCUCUCUUCUACCUGCCGGUCAGCCCAUGUGUGAAUUUCAGUACAUUUUUAAUCCAACAAUCUGUUUAUUCUGUUCACGUUUGUGCCACGUUGCGAUCGUGUGUCGCAAUUACAUCAGUUAACCUUUUCAGUGCCAAUAUAAAAAUCCUGCUUUCUUCGGUAAUCCAUUCCAGUAAUUUUACAGGAGACAAGAUAGGAUUUUAACGAAUUAGUAUUAGUAAAUUAUUAUUUUCAACGGCUUAAUUUCGUAGCCUAUGAUGACCAAUUUUAGAGAGUGUGAUCGGAAAUCUUAGAACACAUUCAGAUCUAUUAAAUUCAAUGAGAUUUAAUUAAUCGAGAUUAUUCAGCGCGUGAUCAAUUUAAUUAAAUGAGCCAUUUAUCUCGAAAGUGACUUUAUACAUUGAAUUCUGAGAGAUUAAUAUAUGUGUUAAUUUAUCGUUUAUAUUCUCGUUAAAAGAGACUAUGUAUGCAAGAGUUACACAAUUAUAUAUUUUAUUAUGUUCUUAUGAAAAAGAAAGUUGUGUGUAAUGGACUUGGUGUGAUUGUGAGGGAUGAUAUUUAUUUUAAAUAGAAACACUUUCCUUGCUUUCUAUUUGUACAACAAAUUCAAUUAAUAACUUUCAAAAUAAAUGGCUCUAGUAUGAAAUACUUUUGAAGGCUUCUCUGUUCGUGCGAAAUAAAUAAAGGUUUUUCAAGUUUAGAUUAAACUCGGACGUAUUCUUAAAAAUCAGCUUCUUGAUAGCGCAUAUUGAGCGUUUAAACGUGCUUAUUCUUUUUUUUUUGUACUCAUCUUAUCUAGCACAAAGAACACAUUUAGAUAAAUACACGAUGUAAGCCGGACAGCCAUGUUCACGCUAAAUGCGCGAUGGUACAAUACGGGCCUUUCAAAUUAUAAUAUUCGCCCGUAUUUAUCGCACGGUGUCGAAAACAUGUUCAUCUCUUUCGAAUCUCAAAGGUGCAAGUCUGGCGGCACGUUUCCCGGAUGAUGCAAUCAAACUACAUCUCGUUGCAAAGGCUGCCAGUAAAGCUUUCUGUGCUAACUUACUGUUGCACAAGUGGAAUUACGUACGUGAAGUUCACUAACAUACGUAGCUUUUUCCCCCCAGGAGAGUAAGAGUAGUUCGCUUUGAAUUUUCACGCAGCGUUCAAGUCGUACCUUGUAACCAUUUGACGGUUUGACUUUUCUUUCUGUUUUUUUUUUCUACCUGUAUUUUUGUAAUUUAUCUUUUUCUAUCUCUUUGUCUCUCUCUCUCUCUCUCUAUCUAUCUAUCUAUCUAUCUAGCUCUCUAUUUCAAUAACCGCAUAGUUUGUGAACCGGUAGUUGAGCCGGAAGAUACGAGCGAUACACACAAGGAUCUACCUCACUCAUAUUGCAAUUAUGUCAGCAGCUAUUAUACCGCGUGUAUCCUUGGUUCAGUGUUCGAGGCGCACAGAAUUCGAUACGUUCUCUCACGUGAUAAUAAUAUCACUAAGUUUUUUAUGGUUAAUCACGCUACGACGCUUUAUUAGUUAGUAGUACUAACAUUGCCAUGUGAUUUUUUUAAGGGGAGGGGGGGAGGGGAUACAAGCCGAUUGUCGCAAGCGGUGGAAAAGCCGAUCGUUUCCGUUAAAGUAUCCGUGCACAUUAAAACAUUUGCACGUUAAAACGAGUGCUCUACUUAUUGUUUCUGUUAUUGUUGCAAUUUCUGCAUCUAUCGAGACAAUCGAGAAUGAACAGCUUCGACAACGAAGCAACUAUUGGAGAUGUUGUCUGAACGAUUACUGUCUGUAAUUGUCCGUGAUUGUUUGUAAUUCGAAUUCUGGAAACCAUCGGCGAAUUUCACCGACCGCGUUGCAUUGGCAACGAGUUUCCACCGAUGCGCUAUCGAGCACUUUGUUUCUCUUUCCUUGUGACUGUCUAUCAAGCUGAACAAAGUGGAUGCUCGUUGCUCGUGUCUAAAAAUUCGGCGAAACACCUGUGUACACGACGCACGACGUUGUUGGUUUGGCGGCCCUGCGACUGUUACCCUUCAAUCUUUUGAUGGUUGAAGCAAUUCUGUACAUUGUACUAUGUCUAAAAUACUAUCUUAUUGAAUUGUUUUCAUCUUGAAAUAAUUUUAUCAAUCUUUUGAGUUUUUAACUAUUAGUAUGAAAGAUGGUAAAAUUGUAAAAUGAUAAUUCCCUUGAAAAUAUUUUUAUUUACUUUUUUUUAAUUAAUCGUAAUAUGCUAUGUAUUCAUGCUGUGCCAAACGAUAAUAAUUGAAUCAAUUCGAGAGUGAGAAAGUUUGCUGUGAAAAUUGGGCAAACUUGAUCUCGCGGGCCUCCGGAGAAACCAUCACCGCGUGCGCGUCUGCUCGGGGAUGAAUUUUCAUAUCUGGUGUGUGGUGGUGACUAACAUGUCCGUGUGUUUGUUUGUGUGCCAGCAGGUGGCCUGUGACGUUGUGACCGUGUACUCUCGAUCGGAGUCGCCGUGCCAUGUCAGUCUCAGUCAGUCAAAUCGGUAUCGAUCGUUCACUCGACCGGCCGAUCGAUCAGUCACGAUUACCCGGUCAAUCUCUCGAUCAAUCUAUCUGUGUCUGUCGGUGCCUGUACAAAGAACAACACCCGCCCACGCGCUCUCACUUUCGCCGUAAGAUCCUCUGCCCUGUCGAUCUCUUUUCUCUCUUCAUCUCAUCUCUUUGAUCUUUCGCGCGUCCACAUCACCUGUCUACGAAAUCGCGAUAUAUUAUCGCGCCGAAAGGAUUGCCACCGAUCCUUCAAAAGUUGCGCUUUGUCCUCUUGAUCGCGGCUGCGCACGUGAAACGCCGAACGCAUCCUCAAACUCAGAGGAGAAAUUAAUAUGUUGGACGUAUGAAAAGCCGCGACCGAGAAACUGCGCACAACUGCGCGCAGAGGAACACGACGAAGAGGGCCAAGAAAGUGGAACGAAAAGCGGAGGACAAUGCACCGACGAUCGAGCUGGGUUCCUCGAACGAAGCUACACGCUAUAUUAAUUGUCUGUCCAAUUUUCCCCUGUGUAUAUAUAUACAGAUAUAUAAAUAUAUUAUACAAAUAUUGUACAUACACAUAUAUAUGUACGUGUGUAUGGUAUGACGUGUGUAUUCGCGUGUGUCGAGAGCGCGAUAAGGAUUCUCGUGGCUGCGAUGAAAGAGAACGAAAGGUCGAAAAACGUACAGCACGAGUUGUGCGAAAAAUUUCUUAUACAUAAAUAUACAUAUAUAUAUAAAUAUAUAUAGGUAUACAUAUAUGUUCAUAAAUCGAAUUAUUGACUGAGAACUAUUUUUAUCGGCUCUACUGUCGGGAUCGCUGUCAGCGCCUCGCAGCGCCUGUUUAUAUUUAUAAAAUAUACAUACACACACAUAUAUAUGCGCCGCGGCGAAUUAAUCGUGUCGGCGAGAUGAAACGUGUGUGUAUAAAAAAAAAACGCGAGAGACAGAGGCUGGGAAGGAAACGCGGACGAACAAUGAUCGUGCGGGAUCGGCGCGCGUGCGAUUUCUUAGACUUAGAUCGUGCAAAACAUACCAAAAAACGAAACUGAUACAAAGAAAGAAACAAGACCGAGAAGUAGCGGAGAAGCGAGCAUAAGAGACACAUUUUGUAGUAAUUUGUGAUAAGAUUGUAUUGUAAAAGGGACCGGACAUAGGGCCGCGUUCUGACCUUGUGUGAAACUCGAUGGUUCCAUGUGGAACUACCGGGUCAGAUCGCUCAGAAGUAACACAUCAAGCGUCACGUAUUCGCGCGUUAAUGCACACGUUCCAUUCUAUAUUGUCAUCAGAAACAUUCGUGAACUUAAACAAGUACUCGAGAUGCGACAAAUUUUUACGAAUUUUAACGAGUUUUCACUGAUUCGGCGCACUCUUAUUAUUCUUUUCGUUAAGUGCAUUUUACGCGAUUAGUUUUAAUUCUUCGCGAAAAACUGGAUAUGGGACUGAUCGGACGAAUGGAAAACUUUCAUAUACCGACGCAGUAUGCAAAA